AUUUCGGCGCAUGCGUAUAGCUUUCAUUCCGGAGGGAAAAAUUUGAAGUUUGGACAAAACAGGUGUUGGAGUUGAAAUAUUUAUUUCUGGCAAUAAUCAAGUUAAAAUGGAUGGCGAAGACCUGGACUGGACGACUGAGAAUAAGCCAAGAGAGGUGCGGACGGGUCGGCGGGCACGGGCAGCCCCAGCCUUCACACUGGACGACAACGCUGGUGGCAUGGAUGAUGACGACAUUGGCAAUGACAUUGGAGGGGGCAGCAGUUCCCCAGGGCCGCCACGCCCCUCCCGGCGACAGGGUGGGUGGGCAGAUGAUACAGGCAAGGACAAGAAAAGACCAGAGGGGAAGAAAUCAAUGGAUGAUGCAGUAGAAGACGCCCGUCUGCGGUCCGACUCGCCACCACGGAGGGAUGACUCUGAUGAGGAUAUCCCAGUGAUCCCAGAUCUGGAUGAUGUACAGGAGGAGGACAUGGCCACUCAGAUAGCUGCACCUCCCAGUUUACAGGUCAACAAGAUUGCAACAUACAGAGAGCUGGAUACUGAUCUAUUUAAACAAGCUGCAUUCCUCAUCCUGGAUGAUGAGAUUGACCUGAAGCCCCUUGCCAAAUGUCUGUCAGCAGAAACAGAUGUUCUGGAGGAGGACAAACCCUGGGACUGGGACAGGCUGUUUACAGAGGUGUCCUCAGAACUACAGGUAGAGUGGGAGGCUGAAAGGCCAAAGGAGGAAGAGGAGCCUCUACCAACACAGGGAUGAUGUUUGUUACUCAUGGAGAGUGGUGUAAAUUAAUGUGUACAUAGGCUUAGAUUGUGUAAAUUUUCCAGGUUAAACUUGAUUGAUGUUCCAACAACUCCAACAUAAAUGCAAUGAUUGCCUCACAUCAAGUAUACUGUCAGUGUCAGUAAUGGAGAGUUGUCUAUUCAUUAGUGUCCUGCCGUGUUGAGGGGUCAUUUUGUGAUAACCUUUGCCACUCUACAUUUGUCGCACACACAAAGUUUGUAUUGAUUACUUAAGAAGUUAACCUGAUAAUGC